CGCACGUGUUUUGCCCACGGCCCCGCCGCGCAUGCGCACACCGCGCACACACCACGCGUCGCCGUGGCAACGCGCGCAGGGCCUACCUGCAACGCCCGAAGCCUUUUUUGUUUCGCAACAACGCAUCUGGAACGCCAGUCAAUGCUCGCCCGUGAUUAUAAUCACAAACGACGACGGGCAACGCACAGCGUUCACAAUCAGCGCCACAAUAUAGCCACGCUCUGAUGGAGAGGGCGGUGGUUAUCGGCGCCCCGUCGCCUUUCGACGCGUCUUUCGGGAGGCCGAAUCUGUUGGGCAGCCAGGAGGUGAACAUCUUGCACCUCGCCGACCUCCUGCAGGUGCACGACCACGAUGAGGAUGAGGACGACGCGGCGGAGGCCGUGGGUGACGAGACUUCGGUCCCCGCCGCCUCUGAGGCCAGGCCCGACCGCAGACAUGCUUUGCCGGCGCCGAGAGCCGGCACAGAGCUCCGAGUGGUCGAGGUGCUGGAUCAGGAUACAGCGGCUCAUGGUCUUUCCUGCCUUGGCCACUCGGCUCUGGGCACAGAUCUGGUGUACCUCCACCUGGCACUCCCCGGGUAUGGGCUCAAAGAUAUUGGGAUUCUAUCUGGCUAUGUUCACAUACAAAAACUGGACCUUUCUCACAAUAAGAUUAAAGAACUUUCUGUUCUUGGUAACAUGCCGUAUCUUGUGGAACUGAAGGUCUCGCAUAACCAGCUAACAAAGCUAUUUGAAUUUUCUAUUCUCCGUUUCCUCAAGGAGGCUGAUUUCUCAUACAACACCAUCAGUGAGAUGAAGGACAUGUCUGCUUACAAAUCCCUCACAAAGCUCGUUCUUGACAACAACAACAUCAGUGAAAUCAUCGGCCUGGAGGAGUGCAGCAGCCUGGCUUAUCUAAGCCUCGCACACAACCGCAUUCGACGUCUCGAUGGGCUGGGCAGCCUUCCCCUGCGCUAUCUCUGUCUGAGAGGCAACCACCUAAGAAAAAUAACAGGUUUGGAAAAACUCUGGAAGCUCGAGAAAGUGGACCUGUCUGGCAACAAGAUACGGAGCCUCAAGGGACUGGAGGGACACUACCGCUUGCAAGAGUUGGACAUGGAAGGGAAUCAGAUAACGGAACUGGCCGAGGUGAAGUACAUUAAGGACCUGUCACUACUGAGGGUGCUGAACCUGCUGCGAAACCCAGUGCAGGAGAGUCCAGGACACCGCAUCGCCGCCGUGUUCCAGCUGCAGACGCUCGUGGAUCUUGACCUCCGCCGGGUCACCGUGGAGGAGAAGGUGGCUGCUGUGAACAGGUUUAACCCUUCUCCGGAGAUGGUAGCUGCGCGGGACCACGUGAUCCAGGUGGUUUAUAGCACGCUGCAGCCACAAAGAGUCCUUGACAGCACCCUGCCGUCGCUGGACACGCCGUACCCCAUGGUCGUUUUGACGGGGCCCAGGGCGUCCGGCAAGCGCGAACUCAAUCACCGCAUCUGCCGCGAAUUCUGCGAUUUUUUGGGCUAUGGUGUUUCCCACACGACCAGAAGUCCCUACCCUGGGGAGCAGGAUGGAAAAGACUACCACUUUGUGACCAAGGAGACCUUUGAGAGGCUAGUCUGUGAUGGAAAGUUUCUGCAAACAGAGAAGUACGACGGGCACAGCUACGGUUUGAGCAUCGACGAUGUUGAAGAUCUUGCCAGGGAUGGGCUGGCGUGUGCCGUGCACAUGGAGCUGGAGGGAGCGCGUAGCCUCAAGCGGACGUACUUCGAGCCUCGCUACUUGCUGGUCGUGCCCCUGGACCGGAAGCGCCACGAGAGGCGGCUGCUCAAGCGUGGACUCUACGACAAGUCCCAGAUGGAGGCGUCGCUCGCCGGCCUGGACGCUUGCCUCGCCGUCAACCAGGAUAUGCCAGGCUUCUUCGACGCAGUCAUCGUCUCAGAUGACCUGGAGGUGGCCUACUCCAAGCUGCGUGAGCUCAUGUGCCAGUACAUGGGUCUGGAGCCACCCAAGUCAGGGGCCGAGUCAGCGCACCAGGACGCGGGUCACGUCGUGCCGCCUCGCCUCUGCAGCACGGGCGACCGACCGACCUCCGCCACUCUCUCGCGUCUCACAUGGACCAAAGCCCCAUCGCCCCAGCCGCGCGAGAACAUGCAGUACCUGUCCAGGCUGCAGUCCAAGAUGCAGCCCCAGCUCACGCCUUUGGAGGAGGCAUCUCUCCUGGUUCGCCAACAGGCAGCACGCGACGCUGUAACAGGAAAGGCUCUCAGUGCCAACUCCAAGCUCCUGGGCAGUGGUCCCAAGUCAGCACCUGCCACACUGUUGGCUGCCAACACUGGCUCUCGUUCUGCCAACCACACCGACGGUGCGAACACAGGCAAAAGGCCUCUGGGGUCUCAGGUGAGCCUCGGCUCCACGGAGCUGUCGUUGGCCAGAGCCCUGUCGGACGGCGUGUCGGAUGAGUGGACGGCCUCGCUCUCGGGCCGCGGUGAAGGCGACUUGGACGCCGCCGAUGAAGAUGGCGAGGACGACGAUGACUGCGGGGAUGGCGACGGUCUGACCCUGCAGCGUGGUGGGGAUGGACAGGUGGAAUCGCUGGACGUGAGGGCUCUGAGCCGUUCGGACCGCAGCCUCACAGAGUCAGAAGCCGGACCGCUGGCCCCCCGGCCUCGCCCCAGCGAGGUGGUGGAGGCGCUGCGCGCACCGCGCGAGCCCGAGGCGCCCCCCUCACCCAAACCUGUGCUGCCGCCCAUCCCGGCCGGCCGUGUUAAAGAGGGCGGCAACGCGUCUCCACAAUAAAAUGAACUUUUAUUUUACUUUAACAGGUAAGGCCCCACUGAGCUAUACAUAGCUCUUUUUCAGAAGUGACUUGCCCACUAAUGAUAUCUCAACAAAGUGGCUUAUCAUCACGU